AUGAACAAAAAUAAAUAUAGAAGUAAAAAGAGAUUACCCAAAGGUAGUAAAAGAUACGUACCAACACAAGAAGAAGUUGAAAGAAGGAAUGCAGAAAUUAAUAGGAAAAAAUAUGAAGAUGAUUCAAAUGAUUCAGAAGAAUUAGAAGAAGAAUCCAACAAAUCUGAACAGUCAGAUGUUUCAAUAAAUGAUGAAAAUUUAAGUAAAGAAAAAAAUGAUCAAAAUGAAGAAGAACAAAAUGAUGAACCAACAAAUAAAAACUCUGAAGAAGAAAGUAUUGAAAAUGAUAAGUAA